AUGGCGAACACUGCUGGAACAGAGUAUCUUGUCAAGGGUGCCACAAAGCGACAGGCCAUUCUUGAUGCAAUCCCCGCAAAAUGGCGACUUGAACAUCCCAUACCUCCAGCGACUGAGGUCCGUGAUUUUACAGGUCAUUAUAUCCAACAGUAUCUGAGCGAACGUGAGAUCGACAUCACAGAAUCAGAUGCUGUCGAUAUCGUCGCGGAAACCACUUCAGGUCGCUGGACUGCUUUGGAAGUCACCGAGGCGUUUUGUCACCGAGCAGCACUGGCACAUCAGUUCGUAAGCUGUCUACACGAAAUAUUCUUCGAUGCAGCCAUAGAAGACGCAAAACAGCUUGACGCCUACUUCGCCCAACACAAAGCUCCUAUCGGCCCAUUACAUGGCCUACCAAUUAGUCUGAAAGAUCAAUUCCAUGUCAAAGGGGUAGAAACCACAAUGGGAUAUGUAGGCUGGAUCAAUACAUUCGAAGGGAAAUCCAACGACCCCCGGCGCACUGUAACAGAAAGCGAACUAACAAGAGAACUCCGCAACCUGGGCGCAGUACUCUACUGCAAGACUAGCGUUCCUGCAACUCUCAUGUCUGGAGAAACAGUCAACAAUAUCAUCGGCUAUACCUGGAACCCUAAGAACAGAUUCCUAUCAAGCGGUGGCAGCUCCGGUGGCGAGGGCGCAUUAAUUGCACUGCGUGGCUCUCCUGCUGGAUUUGGGACAGAUAUCGGUGGGAGUGUGCGAAUCCCUGCGGGUUUUAAUUCUUUAUAUGGGCUGAGGCCAUCUGCGGGGCGGAUACCGUAUCAGGGUGUUGCGAAUUCGAUGGAUGGACAGAAUUCUAUUUUAUCUGUUAUUGGACCACUUGCACUAACGGCUCGCUCAUUGGCAUUGCUUUUUAAGGCGGUUUUGAGUCAACAACCUUGGUUGCAUGAUCCCCUUGCGUUGGAGUUGCCGUGGCGGGAUGAUGUCGUUCUUCAGACAAGAGAUUUGAUUCAGAGAGCUGGACGUGGAGAAUCGACUCUUGCUUUUGGGUUGAUGCGAUAUAAUGUUGUGGCCAAGGUUCAUCCUCCCAUUGCAAGGGGUUUGAAUAUCGUUGAGCAGACUUUGAAACGACUGGGACAUAGAGUCAUUACUUGGGAUCCACCAUCUCAUAUGAUAGCCCAUGAGCUGGGUGGCGAAAUAUUUGAUAUGGACGGCGGUGCAGAUAUCAGGUAUCAUUUUGGACUAUCUGGUGAGACGAAAGCAGAACAGGUUAUUCUCACUGAGAAUGGCCCCGAGAUAGCUGCAUCAGCUAUUGCUGCGCUGAAUAUUGCAAAGCGCGAAUACCAGAAACAGUACAUGGAUUACUGGAAUAGUACCGCAGAUCUUACAGGAACAGGUCGUCCAGUCGAUGGAUUACUUUGUCCUUUGGCUCCUCAUGCUGCGGUCAUCCCUGGCCAGUAUGGCAACGUUGGCUACACAACCUUUGUGAAUGUGCUGGACUAUACCAGUGUGUCCAUUCCUGUGACUUUCGUUGAUAAAUCCAUCGACGUCCGUCCAGAGAAUGUAUCAGACACUGAACUGGACCAUGUUGAGUGGGAUUAUGACGCUGAGACAUAUGACGGUGCCCCGGUGGGUAUUCAGCUGGUGGGAAGACGGCUGCAAGAAGAGAAGAUAUUGACACUUGCUGAGUAUAUCGGAGGGGAGGUUGCUCGGGAGGUGGCAAACAGCACUUGA